GCCUGGGAGAGAAGACGCUCACCAGGGAAGAUGGCGACCGCAGGGUCUGCCGAUCGGCCUGGUUCACCGGCCAGCGCCGCCGCCACCGCAGCCUCCGGCAGGUCACUACCCGGGUCCGGCACCCACGCUGCCGGGUUCGGGUUCUGUUCGGCCGAGGACACCGGUAAGAGGUGUACGGCAUGCGCGGAGGGUCAGCCCGGCGGCGGCAGCCCGCCCUGCGGACACCCGGCCGGUUGGCUCUGCCCGGCCCGGACGCACUCCGGCGGCGAGGAGCGGCUCCGGAGGAGGAGCGACCCCGAGAGGAGCGGCAGCAGGACGGCCAGGAGGGCCUGCGACAGCCGUAAAGAGUUUUUCGUUGCUCCGCUGCACGUCCUGAAGUGUUCAGACAUCUCCUCAGGACCGACCACGAAACACAGAGUGUUGACAUGUGAGGACAGAGAAGACAUCAGGAGGAGAAACAUCUUUGUCUGUAAAGACGAAUGUGGACCAUUUCGCCGUGACGAUGAACCUGGUGUUUUGUCGGACUCGGAGAACGAGGAGCCAAUCAGCAGGAGGAUCCGGACCAUCUCAGCCUUCAUCAGGAAGACCAAAACCUCGUCAGCCGCCUCCAGUGGUUCUCAGAGGAGUCGGAGCUGCACUGACCCGGUGGAGGAACAAGGAGGGAAGCUGAGGGUUGUCCUGCAGCCGGCGCUGACCGACAGAGUUGGUAUCAGUCACAGUUUCACCGCCGGGAUCCUCCUGUCGUCGGAGAACAGCCGCUGCGUCUCAGCUCCCAUCAUGCCUCCUGAGCGCAGGCUGGCGUGGCGGGCGGUUGUCACGUCAUCGUCCACGCCUUUAGCUCCGCCCCGCCCCGAGCGCUCCAUCAGCCCCGAGAGCAACGACAGCAUCUCAGAGGAGCUCAACCACUUCAAGCCCAUUGUGUGCUCGCCGUGCACGCCGCCCAAACGGCUGCCGGACGGACGCCUCCUGGAGCCCACUAUCGUCAAGUCCACGCCGCGCAACCUGAGCGGCGGCGGUCUGCAGCGGAACACGAGCUACGAGGCCAGUCCCGCCGUCCUACAGAAGUGGAGGCAGAUCGAACUGGACCGCCAGAGCCUCAAAGUGAGCUCCAGAGCCACGCUAACAAGUCCGGUCAACGAGAUACAUGAAACCGCCACGAAGAGCUGGACGGGACGGGACGGAGACGCCACACUGUCCACCAGUCAGAGGAGGAGGCUGCUGUUUGACGGACCUGGACCGGACCACGACGUGCUCAGACCAGCUCCCAAGAUCAGGGUCCCCGCGAUCCGCUAUAGGAGCGAGACCUCCAUCAGGGGGGUGGAGUCAAUCAGAGGGGCGGAGUCUGGUGGUGAGGAUCUGCUCAGUAAGAAGCAGUCGUUCUCUCCGUACGCCAAGAACUCUGGGUUACAGUUUGUGCCAAAAGACUCACAGGGUCCUGCCCACAACCAGUCUACCUCAAAGAGGAAACAGAAGACCAAACACCUGGACCCGGACUCGGACCCGGACCUGAAGAGGAGCCGGACGCUCAGCGGGGAUGGCGCUCAGGUGCAGCAGGACCGUGCGCUUGCCAUCAGGCUGCAGAGACAGUUUGACCUGGAGAACCAGGCCGCCCGGACCAGAACCAGCCCUGACAAGUACCGCCUGCGCUCCUGGAUGUCCAAUCACAACCGCAGGAGGCGGGGCCUGAGGAGGUCUCGGCGAAUCACCAAGAAGCACUAAAGAAAAGGAGCAAAGGAGGUUCACAUAUGCAAAGAGUAGAAGAAGAACUGACACGAACGGAGUUAAAAUGAAAAAAUGGAGACAAGUGAUAUGAAUUCAAAGCUGAUUUGAUGAAAACAGUUAUUUACUCAUGCUCAUUGUUCAUGACAUAAGGAAUUCAUGUACAGUGAUGCAUCAUGGGUAUCACCUCAAACAGAUCCAUGUCCAUAUUCAUUCUCUAAGCAGAGAGAAUCAUGAUGAUGUGAAUUUUAUAUUUUACAGCCAAUCAGUUUCUUGCUCCACGGGUAUCAUGCAUCUGUGUCUUCAGUUGUUGUGGAACCAAACUGAACUCAAAGAGAAGCAGGUGAAGUCCAGGUGAAUCCGGCGCCACCUUCACCUGUCUGAGAGGACGUGGUGGGAGGGGCUUCGAUCAUUGGUCACCUAUAACAUGAGACCUUUGACCCCUCGACCCUGUCCAUCAUUUGCUCUAGUGUUUGUAUUUGACUUUACGUCGCUUGACCCGGGUUUAAAGUCCUCACGAAACUGUUUGGAGGGCGCAACUGAAUGUAAGGAAGCCACGCCCCUUCCAGGAAGGCCUACUCUGAUUGGUCAACUCCACCACGGAGCUACAACCGUCACUAUUGUCUCAUACUGUCCGUCAUCUGCAUGGACAUUAAGAUUCAGAUUAAUUGGUUGUUAAUCAUCAGGCUGAGUCAUCAGAGGGUCUGACGCAGGGUCAAAGGUCAUCAGGUCACCCAGUAUCAGUAUUUAUUAUGAUCAAUGUUAAAUGAAAGAGGAAACAGAAGGAAACUGAGAUAACCAAUCAUCUCAAUCAGUAGAUGAUCGAUAAUUAAAUAUUUAUCACUAUCAAAUCAGCUUUAAAUUGAUCAAACUGUUGAUAAUUAUCUGCUUAGUUUUCAUUUCAGCUCCGUUUUUCAUCAGUUAAUCUGUUUUUUUUUUUCCCCUGUGGCGAAGGGUUAAUGAAUGUUUCACCAGCAGAACUGAUCACAUGAUUGAUCCAUCUGCGGAUCAAUAAUCAGCAUGGUCGAUUCUCAUCGAUCACUUAUCGGACCGUUCAAUCUCUGAGCUUCCAAAGUAUUUCCUGUCAGAAUCAGAGUGUGGAGGAGCAGAGGAUGCUGGGACAUUUGGACGCCGGUCCAACGUCUUCCACUCGGAUGAUUCCUCUGGCCGCAGAGGAUCAUGGGUACUGUAGUGUUUAAAGCCGUUUCCAUGGAGAUGCAGCAGGAGUGGACCAUGAAUCAGAUUUAAUUUAAUUUACUCUGGAUCUGUGUAAUUUAAUAAACAUCCUUUUCUCUGUUUGUUCACAUCCAAA